GAGCCCAGCCGAGCGCUGGGGCCCGGGGCAGUGGGACGUGGAGCUCGCCCCCGCCGGGCCGCGCCUCCUGCCGCCGUUGGACGCCGGCGCCGCCGGCCGGGUCACGGGCCCCCGCGUCACAACGAGCCGGUAUUUAUUCCCUGCCUGCCCGGAACGGCGUGUGCAGACCUGCAGCUGUCCUUGAAGAGACUCCCGGCUCUGCCCACCCCGCUCCAAGGCAGCGCUCCCGGCUUCUGAGAAUAACUGCAGGAACCCUCACCAAUGCUCUCAGAACAUGUCUGAUUGGACAGGUCUAUGGUAUAUAUGGUUAAUCUUGCUGGUCUUGUUCCUGCUUCUCUUCUGUGGGGUCAUAGCAAGCUUCAUCAAAUUCUGCUACCGGAAGAAGAGGUUUUCAGUUGAGACCUUCUCGAGGCACCCUUGUGAUUUGUCAGUUAUUGGCAUUGACAGUGACAGCACUGCCCACAGCACAGUGACCUCAUACAGCUCGUGGCAGUACCCUCUGAGUGUCCCUAUUCCUUCCAUGUUUGUGGAUAUGGAUAAGAACACUGUGUUCCCUCCAGCUUACAGUCUCUAUGCAGUGGAGCUGCCACCUUCUUAUGACGAAGCUGUCCAAAUGGGUAAACAGUACAAUGAAGUAGCACAGACAAGCCAGAAGCUCAAUGACAGCCCUGGAGAGGUGACAUCAGGUGGGCUGGAUCCCACCCAGUAUUCCCCUGAUGCAAUCAAUAGAGGUCCAGCACCCCAAGCAAACUCAGAGAAUGCAGAAGAUGCAGCACAAGAACGACCACAUCUCUGAUCCCUUUCAGAUGGGGAGUAAAGGAGGGCAGACUGUGAGAGUUAAGGAAGAUGUGAAGAGCUUGGUUUUAGAAACAGGUUGUGAUGGAAAGAUAUUUCUGCUCCUGCCCUUGUAAUGAUAUUUCAGUUGGAAGAACUGUGGCUGCUCUAAUCUCCCUGUAAAGCUUCUUCAAGGACAUGAAACAAAGUAGAAACCUUUUUAAAUGCCUGUAAAAGUGGGACAUGAAUGAUUGUUCAUCUUCUAAUUAAAAAGAUCUAUAUUCCUUGUGUCCAGAAUCUCACAGUAAAAAGGGGCAAGGGAAUGUUGCCAUCUUGGGAACACACAGGAUGAGUCAGUACAAGCAGUAAGUUGUUGUUCUGGAACAGAAACUUCCCAAACUGGAGUUGAAAGGGGAGUCCCAGCAAGUCACAUUGAAUAGCCUCUGUAGUUUCUCCUCUUAAGUGUCCAGAGAAUUGCUGGAGUGCCAGUUGCUAGGUACUGGCACAUGCUCCAUGAACUGCAGGAGGAUGGCAAGCAAGGCCAGGGAAGUGUGUGGAGAGAGCUUUAUGUUGUGUUUCACAACUAGAGACAAUGAGACAGGAGAA